ACCGUGCUUGAUACGUCUAGGUAUCAGACCGACAAAGUAAUAUAAACACAAGGCAAUGAGCUGAUAGGUGUUCCAUUGAGCCAACGCACUGGAGGAGUUUGGCAAGCAUUUAUCUCUUAAAGGUUUCUUGGUGAUUUUAUCGGACCGGGUAGCGGAAUGUUGUGGCAGCUGUAGACUAUGGCAAAGUUGCGUCAGAGAUAUAGGAUUAUCAGGAUACACGGACACUGAUAAAUGCUGGUUACCGACACAGAUGUAUUCAGAGCCUACAAGAGAAUAAGGCGGUCAUUUUUGUUUUACUGCUGUGGUCUAUUUUCGUGACUGCUUUUGUCAAGUUGUCAGCGACAAGAACGAGGUUUUUCAAAGAAUGAGGUAUACUGUCUUGUGUGGUUAUGGAGAAGAAGGAUAAAGCGAAGCGCUUGGUUGUGAACAAGAAUUCCAUCGCAGAACAAAAAGUGUUAGAUGGACCAUGGGAAAACUGCGAAGAGCAAAACCUCGAGACAUUCGACGACUUUACUGAUUUUCACGAUCAAAAAUUGUAUCAGUUGCAUAAACUGACGGCUUGGGAAGAACGCUGUCUCGAGUUCUUCAGCGAAGUUACACUACCUUUACACCCAAAACGACGACUAAGUUUUCCUGUCGCAAGCAACGACACGAGCGGGGGAAAAAGUUACAUAAUCGAAACUUUGGGCUCAUUUUCGUCCACCGCAGGGUGCUUGAACUAUGAAUCAGAACACAGUGCAAUAAUAAAUGGUACAAUUGAGGACAGGAACAAUUCACUGUCACAGACAAAGUUUAAAAAUCAGCAGAGAAAGGAGAAGAAAUCAAAGUCAACAAGUAAAUCGCUGUUACCGCCACUAGUAGAAGGUAAACACAAUAACCGUCCUUCGAUAGAGAUCGGACAGCAUUCUGUCGGAGAGUUUUCAGAGGGGAAGAAGGGGUUUGAUGUUCCAGCUAUAGUCUUAUCUCACACAGAAGAUGAAUCCAAAGAUAAAGCGAGUUUAAAACUUCCUAAGAUAGAAUCAGCUGCUCGUGCAGAAUCUGGUCAUCUUCAGAUACCAUUAUCUUCGCUAGAACCGAACAGACUAGCUGCCCCCGGCUUCAUUGAAUCUUUGAAGGCAUUUAGACCUCCUGCGCCACCGCUUUCAGAUGAUAACAACCCAACAAUGGGAUCCUUGCGAUUACCGCUUCUAGGAACACGAGAUUUUGGUUCAAGAAUUUGUGAUAACAAUGAGAAAGAACAAAAUUAAAGGCAGGUCUCGUUUUAAGUUGGGUUCUGACCAACGGGUAGAAGCACGCAAUUUGAAUUCCAAACCAUCAAUGCAACAGAACUUGGUAAUUAUAUAGAGCUCGCCAAACAUCUUGAUUUGAGAUUGCCAAAAUGUAAAAGGAUACUUUGUUUCUGGACCAGUCUGCAGAGAACAGCAAGUGCACGCACGAGUUCUUUUUAAAACACUGAUUUCGCACGCCGGAACCGCUGCAUUGCACGAGCGUGAGCGAGAUCUCGUCAAGUCCUGACUUACUCUGCAAGCUAAGUUGCGACUCGCGGGGGACAAGAAACACAUUACUAACUGCGGCUAAAGCAGGAAUGAAUGUAACUUCUGACACGAAAAUUGAUAGUUUUCAGCUUACGCCACAAUUUCUUCUUUCCCUUCUUUCGCCUUUCGUCUUAUUAUUUCUUCUUUUUAAAGUACACUUUGCCAGAAAAAGAAAAAUCCAGCUGAAAACUAUUCGGUUAUCAUUUUCAAUUUGUGGGUUAGAUAUCAUCGCAUUGGUUAUGUAAUUAUUCAAAAGAUUUAUCUGAGAAAAAAGCAUACCAUAUAGCCAAAUGAAGCUUAAAUUUUUCGUAAUCUACAGUUAAACUGAAUUGAAACUGAGUGAUCCUGCACUUUUUGCAUUGUUGAAAAGAUUGGUGAGGUUGUAAGACGGAGAGGGUGAUAUUGACGGUCGCCUGGAUUUGAAAAAACUGAAUUG